AUGCCUUUAGAGGAUGGCUUUUCUCAAGCAAUGCUUAAGAUCUGGUGUGGAAGCACUCGACGUGCCACAUUGCUGAACAAACUCGCCACAGACGUACAUCCGCCAGAUAUGUAUAGAGUGAAUGUUGUGUUGUCUAAUCAACCAGAAUUUGCCAAAGCGUUCAAUUGCCCGAAAAGGUCACCGAUGCAUCCCGAAAAGACUUGCACGGUCUGGUGA